GUAUCUGUCAGGCAGAAAACAGAAGGAGAGCGCGAGCCCCGCAGGAUCAAUACUGAACUCGGCGGAUCGCGCGUGCCGGAGGAGCGGGGCAGGCUCAGCGCUGUAUCGGGGAUCUGACCGACCGCAGUAACGAUGCAGUUCAUGCUGCUCUUCAGCAGGCAAGGGAAGCUGCGCCUGCAGAAGUGGUAUGUUCCUCUGUCCGAUAAGGAGAAGAAGAAAAUCACACGAGAGCUGGUACAGACUGUCCUGGCGCGAAAGCCCAAAAUGUGCAGCUUUUUGGAGUGGAGGGACCUCAAGAUUGUUUACAAAAGAUAUGCCAGUCUGUAUUUCUGCUGUGCCAUUGAGGACCAAGACAAUGAACUGAUCACCCUGGAGAUCAUUCACCGCUAUGUGGAGCUGCUGGAUAAAUACUUUGGCAGUGUGUGUGAGCUGGAUAUUAUCUUCAACUUCGAGAAGGCAUACUUCAUUCUGGAUGAAUUCCUUUUAGGAGGAGAGGCUCAGGAGACUUCCAAGAAGAACGUCCUGAAGGCAAUAGAGCAGGCUGACCUGCUUCAGGAGAAUAUAGAUUUUCAGAUCCGUCUUUUUCCAGGAGUUCUGGGUCCUAACGUGUCUACAGAGUCCUCUGGUCUGUUCCAGAGUUAAAGCAGCUCAGCCCCGACAUGAGUACUUUAAUGUGCCUGUGUACUGAUUGGCUGUCGCUGCUGUUGAUGGCUGUCCGUCAUGCAUGCUGAGCCCCCCCUUCCCUGCAUGGUGCUCCCGCUGGUCCUGUGUGCCCUCCUCUUCCACCUCCGUCCUAUCAGAACGCAGCAUCUGUGGGGUCUUCAGUCUCAUCGCCAUCCUGUUUUUGUUUGUGUGUAUGUGUGAGUGCGUAUUUUGGAGCCAUGUUACAUGUUAUCAUGAUCAUCCUACACACUGACACAUUUUUUCACUGUAUCUCUUUCUCUCUCUUUCUCUCUUUUUCUCUCUUUCUGUAUCUCUCGUUCUCUCUACUGCACAUACAUGAUCACUCUUCAUGUUUAGCCACUCCAUCUCUCCCAUCUACCUCUGUGUGGGAAUUCAGUGACCAAGACCCUCCAGGUGGUCUUUUUUGUAGCACUGUUGGUAUCUUUCCUCAGGCUGGAAAUUCUACCUGUAUUGAUUCAGCCUGUAUAAUUUGAAACAAACCAAUUGAUUACGCAAGGAUAGGCCUACACAGUAUUUGACACAGUCUUUUUAGGAUUUCCCACUUGAGUUCAAAAACUAUCAUGACCCAUUUAAAAAAAAUACAUCACAGUGUUUCAAGCCUUAUCUCAAUCUGCUGCUUUUGUUGCAUGCGGUUGAUUACAAUAUGCAGUAAUCUCUACACUUUUUAUUGUGCCUAGAAUAGGGCUAAAACUUGUUAAAUCAACAUUUAAACACACUGGAAACCACUGGGCAGUUGCUUCCCUAAUUACUGCCUGUGGUAAUUAACCAUAUGCUGCAAAUGUGGUAGAUGGAGAUGAGGCUGGAAGGAAAAACUCUGUAUGUUUUCAUGUCAGUGAUAAUUUUGAAUGGAAGGCCUAAUGCAGCACUGUUGACUAAAUUGAUUUUCUCACUGAAAUGUUUAAUCACUGAAAUGACAACUUUUACAAGGGAUCAGUGUAAAAAGAUUUUAUCAUUUAACAUUUUAGUUCAUUGAGUCCAUUUGUAUUGGCCCAUUCAUCAUAAUACUUGACACGAUUCACAUUGUGUCAAAACAAAAGUGGAGAUACAAGGUAUUUCUCCAACAGUGGCAGUAUGCUCUUUGUAAAAAGUUAAAAGUUAGUUGGUUCUCCUCUUUUGAUAUGUAUGAAUCCUGUCCCAAACCAAGCUGGAAAUUCUAAUGUAAAAAAAAAUGUAGUACAGUUAGCUAUUCAUUAGCUAAAAUCAAGUUUAAUCUAGUCCCACAGUGGAAAAUAGGCUAUAGGGCCUGUUAUUAAUAGGACAAAUGUAAAUACUGUACACCAAUAUAAUAAUGCACAUACAAAACCUACAGUAACAAUAUUGCAAGAUAAUGUAAAACUGUGCUGCAUAACGCUCAUUGUUAGCUUAAACCCUGCAAGCAAUGUAUUAUUAAUAGUAAAGCCAAUGGGCGUGGUUGUCUGGAAGUGUGGUGUGUUCAGAAUUUUUUCUGCCGUAUUGCUAUCUUGGCAAUGGAGAAAACAGGUGCUCCACUGACUGAUUAGAACCCUGACAUGAGUCAACUGUUCAGUGCUCUUACUCUCCACUUGUUACACACACACAAGGACAUGCAGCAUGCGCUGCGCUGUCAAACACACCAAUGAUUAAUUAAGAGAAUUAAUACAUGCUUUGCAUGUUUUCUUUUCUUACUGAUACAAUAGCAAAGACAUACUGACACACUCUAAAUCAAGCUGCAUGGUGCACCUCUAGCUAAAAAGAUAUAUGUAUAUCAGAAAAAUAUAAUUAAAAACACCCUGUUUAAAAUGCAGACCAUAAUUUUUCUGCACCUGGUUCUAAAGAGCAGUGUUGACUGACCCUGGCACUAUGUUGUGGACCCUGCCGUGUUUACUCCAUCCAAUCAAUCCAAGAAAUAUGUAUGGAGUAUGGUGUGCUAAUAUACAGCACUGUGCAAAGCAUUUUAGACACUUGUGACAGGUACUAAUAUUAGAAUAAAUAGAAAGAAAGGAAAAGUAGUAAUUUUACAUCUUUAAAACAUCUCAAAAUUUAUUUUGCUUGGUAAAUCAGUGUUUAAUGAUGGUUAAUCAGGGGCAUCCAUUUGGGGUGCUAAUUUACAGUACAGAGCUUUUCCAGUAUAAGCUUACUGUAUAAAACUAAUAAAUCAUUAGCUUAGCUGCCUAAAACCUCUACACAGUGCUGUAUGUCAUGUGUUUGUACAUAUGUCCAUUCAGUGAGUAAAUAUUAACGGCUGGAGUUCAAACUAAGCAAAUAGCGUUUAGGUGAUUUAUUGAAACAGCUGCUGAGUGAAGCGCUUCAGUUUAAUCUACAUAUUUGGGGUUUCAUUGGAGUGUGGGAAUUAGAUGCUGCAAAUCUGCUUGCACGCACACUCACACACACACACACACAUCUGUGUACCCUUAGUUAUUAAGCUGUUACCGACCUGCAGAUGUUUUGUAGUCUUCAUAAUGAUUUGCGGCUGGUACAUUAGCCAGUACAUACUAUCAGCAAUAUCUAUCUAUCUAUCUUAACUAAGACAUUCAGUUAACAUAGGCCUCUUUUCCACUGAAGGGCCAAAUGGUUACUAAAGGCCAGUUUAUGCCCCAGUAUUAUAACUACGCUCUGCAUCAUCGCUGAGCAAUUGCAACUGUGAUUGGUUCACUAAGCAGUCCACUAAAUAGCUCACUAAGUUUGCUGUACCUAAAAGUUUACAGUGUCUCAUAAAAAAUAAAAGAACAGUCAUAGAUGUUUCUGGUCUCACCAUGAUUUUACCCUGAGUUAGCAUACUAACUGAUGUAAUGGAAAACUAAGUUUUCUUUGUAAAUGAUGCCAAACAAAGCAUGUCCUCCACAGACCAAGAUUUAUUCCCUAAGUCAUUUAGCCAUCUAUCUGAAUCAGCCUGUGUAUCCAAUUACAGUUAGCUAUUCAGUAGCUAAACAUGAGUCCAGUCUGGUUUAUGAGACCUACAGUGGAAAAUAGGCUAUAGGGCCUGUUAUCAGUAGGACAAAUUCAAAUACAGUAUACCAAUAUAUUAAUGCACACACAAAAGCUACGGUAUAAUAGUAUUGCAAGAUAAUUACAUUUACCACCUUUAUCUGUAACCCAGCAAUCACAGGCAUACAGUAUGCAAACAGCAGGUCACAUGCAUUGUAAUUAUUAUUAUGAGCUGUAGUCUCACACUGUAGAUGAACUUUUAGCUAGAAUAGAGUCUCUGUGCACUGGAUGUGCUGAAAUGUACUGUAGUUAAAUAAGGUUGACUGAACUGUUUCUUUUUUUUUUUAUUAAAAAAGACAAUAAUAAGUAUGCACUGUUACAUCAUAAUUAGAAUUUCAGAUUGAACUUUGAUUUGAUCAGAUCGAAAUGUUUAAUAUGUUCUUUUUGUUUUGUCAAAGAAAAAAAAUAAAGCUACCCAAAUGAACUGAAA